UCCCGUUAUCAUGUCGCUGGGGCAGCGCCUGGGUCGGCUGGCGAGCCAUCUGCAGGACCCGCAGAAAGUGGCCUGUUUCCAGCAGCUGUGCGGGGUAGAAGCGCUGCCAAACCGUUCCGCCGCAGCCGCUGCCGACCCGAGAGAGGAUGACAAAGAGGCGGAGGCGCCGCUAACCGGGGAUUCCCGAUGGCGAGGGCGACAGCCGGGGGCACCGGGGGGUCCCCAGCCGCCCGGGAGCGAGCUAAAUCAGUGCCCAGCCAAGCUGGGCGGCGGCGGCGGCGGCGCCCCCAACGGCGUGCGGAACGGGCUGGCGGCCGAGCUGGGCCCUGCUCAGCCGUGGCGCGCGGGCGCCUUGCGCCGCAACUCGCUGAGCAGCGAGGAGGGCGAGCUGGUGGCCCGGGUGAGCAACUGGCCGCUCUACUACCUAUUCAGCUUGGGCACCGAGCUGGGCAACGAACUCUUCUACGUCACUUUCUUCCCCUUCUGGAUCUGGAACCUGGACCCCUUGGUGGGACGGAGACUGGUGUGCAUCUGGGUGCUGGUCAUGUACCUGGGCCAGUGCACUAAGGACAUCAUCCGCUGGCCUCGGCCUGCCUCGCCGCCGGUGGUCAAGUUGGAGGUCUUCUACAACUCCGAGUACAGCAUGCCCUCUACUCAUGCCAUGUCUGGCACCGCCAUCCCCCUCUCCAUGGUCCUCCUCACCUAUGGCCGCUGGCAGUAUCCUCUUGUGUAUGGACUGAUUCUUGUCCCCUGCUGGUGUUUUCUAGUGUCUCUAAGUAGAAUUUACCUGGGAAUGCAUUCCAUUCUGGAUGUCAUUGCUGGAUUCCUAUAUACCAUUUUAAUCUUCGCUGUCUUCUAUCCAUUUGUGGACCUGUUAGACAACUUCAACCAAACUCAUAAAUAUGCUCCAUUUAUCACUAUUGGGCUGCAUUUAGCCCUGGGAAUUUUUUCCUUCACUCUUGACACCUGGAGUACAUCUCGAGGAGACACGGCUGAGAUUCUAGGCAGUGGUGCUGGCAUUGCGUGUGGGUCUCAUGUUACUUACAGAAUGGGUCUAUUAGUAGAUCCUCCUUUAGAUUCAUUGCCUUUAACUAUACCUCCCAUUACUAUAACUCUACUUGGAAAAGCCAUGUUGCGGUUCCUCAUAGGGAUGGCAUUUACACUGUUAGUCAGACAUGCAAUGAAAAAGAUCACCAUUCCCUUAGCCUGUAAAAUCUUCAGUAUACCAUGUGAUGAUAUUCGCAAAGCAAGGCAGCACAUGGAAGUUGAACUUCCGUAUCGGUAUAUUACCUAUGGAAUGGUUGGCUUCUCGAUCACAUGUUUGGUUCCUUACAUAUUUUUCUUUAUUGGUAUCUCUUGAUUAAGAAAUGCUGUUUAUGAUAAGAAAAAAGGAUAUCAGUUAAUGAUAUCUGAAAAUAUUCUAGGAAAAAGCCAGAUCAGAGUUAGGCUUUUGCAGGAAUUUAACUUAAAUAACUGUUUAAGUAAAUUCAUGAGAGCUGUGCAUUUUAUCAUUGCACAUCCAGAUAUUGUUUUAGGUGAGCGGAACUAUUUCACUUUUGAAAAAAUAAGUGUCCAUUUAGAAUGUUCAUGUAAUGUUUGGAGAGCUUUUGUGCUGUUAUGGGUUCAAGUUAUAUAUAAUAUAUAUUAAGGUACAUAAUAUGCAUUAUAUAUCUAAUAUAUUUUAUAUAUAAAAAAAUAAAUGUAAGUUUUUUAAAAACCUGUUAGGGUCUGUUAAUAAAAUUAAUAAUAUGCAAAAAGUUGUGCCUGUGUAUUUGGACUUACUACAGGUAUGUUAUUAUUAAUAGAUAAUAUUAAGCAUUUAUUUAUAUGGGAGCCGUUUCCUAAUUGAAUUGCAUAAAUUACUAGACCAGAAAGCAUAUAUGCUCCACAUAUUAAUUUACUGCCUCUUUUCACACUGCCAUCACUUUCCAUGUUGCCCAUGAUAUUGAACAUGGGAGGAAUUUUUAAUGGACCAAAUCUUCAGAAAACUUCGAUUUUAGAUUCUUUAAUUUUUUUUCCACUUCUGUAUACUGUGUUGAAUGUACUUUAUUUGCAGCUAUUCUGGAUAUCAUUUUAAUAAUUCAGGUACUGAAUUUUAUUGCUUGCUAAUUGUGCCUUUCUGUUGCUAAAUUAAGAAAUGCCAUGUAAACUGUGAUAUAAAAAUAAGAUGCUGACUUAACCUACAUAUAUAAUCAGGCAAAUAUUUUUAAAAUAAAUGUCAGGCUAAUAGAGAGAGAAGUACACCAUUCUUAACUAUUUAG